AUGAACUUCUUUAGCAGCCCUGCCGCCCCUGCUCGAGUAGAGACUGAUCAGGUUAUCCCCUUGCAUGUCUGGGAUGAGAGUCCUUUGUACCGAAGGAUCGCAUUGUAUAAUCUUAAAGUGUUUGACGAUGUUCUUGAUCCGGGAAAAUUGCGUUCUAGUCUUGAGACUUUAGUUUCACGAAAGACAUGGCGUAAGCUAGGAGGACGAUUGAGGAAAAAGGACGAUGGCUAUCUCGAAUACCAUAUCCCAGCGCAGUUCACUAAAGAACGACCAGCUAUAGGUUACACCCACGCCAAUCUCAUGGAUGUCACAAAAGACGAACAUCCCAUUGCUUCAAGACUUCCAAAACCUUCUACUCGCCCAGCCAUCGUCGGUGAUCCAGACGAAACAGUAGACCUCGCCUGCGGUCCUGGAUGCCCUACCUCUAUCGAUGACUAUCUUUAUACAGACCAGCCACUUCUCGGACUUCACGUUGUAUCUUUCAAAGAUGCCACGCUAGUCACACUACACUGGCUGCAUAUAGCCUGCGAUGCUCUCGGCAUGAAAGGCUUGAUUGAUGGAUGGGUUCGUGCGAUGAAAGGUUUGGAAAUACCUGAACAACAAGGCUUUGACUAUGAUCCUUUGGCAGAACUGGGUAAACAUCCCAAAGAAGCGCAUAAACUUGCAGACCAACGGAUGACAACUGCCUCGCUGCUUACCUAUGCUGCUUGGAAUGGAUAUAGUCUCGCGCUUGCAAAGAAGGAGACACGAAUGGUCUGCAUACCAGGCUGGUUUAUGAAGAAACUUCGUGCUACUGCCCUCAAAGAGCUCGCUGCUGCUGGAGUCAAAGAUCCCUUUGUUACAGAGAACGAUGUUCUCGUUGCUUGGUGGUCAAAAAUAGCCAUCUCUCACCUUCCACCUGACUCCGAUCGACCUGUCACAAUUCAAGUCGGAAUGUCUCUUCGAAAGGCGCUCGAAAAGGACCUUCUCUUACCAGACAAGCCAUUUAUCUCGAACUGCUUUGGUUUUACGAAUUUGCUGCUUUCCUCGAAGGGCCUCAAUAAGCAGUCCACUGGAGAAACAGCGCUUCAAAUGCGCACUGCAGUAAACGAGCAAAGAACAAGGGAGCAAGUGGAGGCGUAUCAGGCCAUGGUUCUGGACUCAGUGGCGCCGUUACCUGUGUUCUUCGGAAACGGAAAUACGUAUCAGAUUUCGUACUCGAACUGGACGCAAGCUGAAUUGUUUUCGGCUGACUUCUCGGCGGCGACUGUGAAGCCUCGAAAUACACCGUUGUAUGCAUCAUACAUAGGUCAUUGCCAGGUCCCGUUCAAAUUUCCCGAGGGUUUUAUCAUUGUUGGCAAGGACAUGAGCGAGAAUACCUGGUUUUGCUCGUAUCGCGUUGCUGGUUUGUGGGAUGUAGUUGAGAAGGAGUUGGAGAAGUUGAAGGAUGUCGAAGCGGAUUUGUGA